GAUGUGCCAAACCACAGCCGCGAGAAGAGCCUGUUUCAACACGCUGCAGUGACAGACUGCACCCUGCACACGCUCUGACCCCGGCUCCCCGCAGCCCGAGCCCCCGGAACAGCCGAACCCGCCCUGCAGCACUGAACCCGCGCAGACCCCAUCAUCGCCCGCCCUGCAGCACAGACCCCGCCGCGGCUCCGGUCCCUGUCCCGCGGCGGCUCCUGUGACACCAGUGUCCGGCCCGGGCUGUUUUUGUGCUUUAGACUCCGGCAGAUGGAUUUGAAGAAACAUUAAAGGAACCGUUUAAAAAGGAGGGCGCCAUGGCUGACACCCGCCUGGUCAUCACCGAAGACGGGGACGAGGAGGCUGGAGCGAGCGUGGAGGGGCAGGGGGCAGAGGGGGCAGAGGGGCAGGGGGGUAAUGAGGUCACGGAGGGUCAGAGCGAGGAGCCAAACGCAGCGAGGACGGAGCAGGAGACAAACGAGACGCAGAACAAAAAUGUCAGCGAGCCAAAAGAGCCAGAAGAGCCAAAAGAGCCAGAGGACGGUGAGGAAAGAGCAGAAGAGGAGCGUGUGUGUGAACCUGGACCAGACGUGGCCAGUGCAGAUCUGCAGGACUUUAAGAAGAUUCAUCGGUUGAGUCCGGACUUCCCAGACUCUCUGUUCGAGUUGUUGUGCACACUGCAGGAGGGACGCCGCCUCAACGACCAGCGCUGCUCCUUCACCCUCACCGCCCUGGAGCCCCGAGUCCGGAGGAGGUGCCACUCUGAGCCCAACACCACCAAGCCCGCCCCCCGAGUGGUCUUCUCGUCCAUGAACUCGCUGCAGAGGGAGGAGUUCUUUGACCUGGUGGCCACGGCUCAGGCUCGGCGUCUGAACGACCAGAGGGCUCAGCUCCAGAGCUCGGCUCCUCAGAAGAACAAGAGCCGCAGCUUCAGAGGAAGCCUCCGACAACUGAGUCUGAAGAAACCUGAGCCUCCUCCUCCAGAGCCUGCUCCUGUGCCCAAGGAAGAGCUCUACAGCAUGAUCCUCCAGACACAGGCUCAGGGCCGGUUGGAGGACCAGCGGAGCCGGGCCCCGGGGCCGAUGGAUGAUGAGGUGUUCUUCUCGUUGCUGCUGAGGGUCCAGGGCGGGCGCAUGGACGAGCAGAGGACGGAGCUGCCCUGCCUGAGCACCUGAGCCUGCCGGACCUCUGGGCACCUGACGGACUCGUGCACCUGUCAGUGUUUUUAAAGCUCGAGUGCGGAACAUGGCUCGGGCGUAGACUGUAUAUAGAAAUGGACAUAGCUAACGUGCUAACGCGCUAACGUGCUAACCGCCGCGUUCCAAACAGGAAGUGAGCACGGGCGCGAUGUGGUUCUUCAGCUCUGGUUGUAGUUGACUUUUAUUGAAAUCUUCGCCGUCUGUCUGCACCUGCCGCUGUGAGCCGCCGCGGCCGUUUGGUCUCAAAUGUUUGUAUUAACGCUCCAGAUGAUCCUGGGGUUUUUAUUUUGCUUUUUUAUCCUUAAAUUAAGAUUUGAACUUUAAUAA